CAGCAUUGAAGCUCGAGUUUGAUCUGGGCAGUGCAAAAACUUCCAAGUUCAACCGCUUACCAUUUCCUGACUCCUGAGUAGCGAGUCCUGAAAAACAAUAAGCAAAUUCAUAAAAUAUUUUCCUGACAAAUACACUUCUUUUCUCGUUUAAUAAUUAAUGCGCUUCAGUUGAAGAAAUCCAGCACAAUUCAUUAACUCUAAUCUUGCCCUCGUUGUAGCUUUCGUUGGGGGAGAGGAAGUCAGGUUCAAUGGGUGGUGAUCAUCUUCCUUGUUCUACAUCUGAAGAUGAAUUGUCUUCCCUGGAGAGUGAUUACCCAGAUUACCCAUCUUAUCCUUCUUCAUUUUACAGGGAUGGUGAUGAAUCAAUAAGUGAGUCAUAUGAAUUUGUUCCUAAAGAAUUGGAUGAACUGAGUCAUGGAAUUUCUUCAAAUUCUGUGGAAUUUGAUGGAAAUUUGAGGAGGAGAAAGAAUGCUUACAAUGAGAUUAUGAGGAGUUACGAUGAAUUAUGGGUUCCAAAAGAGGGCCUUUAUCAAGCAAAGAGUGAAAUUUUGAGCUACAACCCUGGUUCAUGGAUCAGUAAUCCUGGUGGGAAGAAGCUAAGUAAUUAUGUAAUACCAAAAACGACCACGCUCUUACUGAUUGGUCCUACAGGAUCUGGGAAAAGCAGUCUGGUUAACAAAAUAUCAAGAGUGUUCGAAGAUGACAAGUUUGCAUCAGAAAGAGCCCAAGUCACAUAUAACCCGUCUACCGGGGAAGGGACGUACUUUCUUCAGGAAUAUAUGGUUCCCAGAAGCUCAGCUUCAUUUUGUUUGUAUGACACACGUAGCUUGUCUGAAAAUUUUGCUGAUAAUGAUGAAAUGCUCCAACGUUGGAUGACCAAAGGGGUUCGUCACGGAGAGCUAGUUAUCAGGGAUUCAGAUACUCCUAGCCUAAAGAUGUCACUGAAAUGCAAAGCUCAACAAAGUGGUACUCCUUCUACUGUGAUCAGAAAGGUCAACUUCGUUAUAUUUAUUGUUAAUGGCUUUCAAGUCCUUAGAUCUAUGAAUAGGGACAAGAAAGAAGAUAGAGCUUACAUGGAAAUGGUGGUCAAGGCUUUCAGCUGCCCGUAUCUGUCAUUCAAAGAUGAUAAGCCUGUUAUUGUAGUCACACAUGGUGAUUUACUUUCUCUAGGGGACCGAGCACGUGUCCGCGUGUACCUAGGAGAGAAGUUGGGUGUGCCACCAGCUAAACAAAUAUUUGACAUACCAGACAACUCUGAUCCUACUAGUGAACUGACAAUAGUUGACAUGAUAAGAUAUUCUUUAGAACAUGCGGACAAAAAUAUCCCUUGCAAAGAGUCUAGAGAUUGGCUUGGCGGGAGUACUUUCUUUGUGGGCGGUGUCAAAGAUAAGGUUUCAGGAACGUCUAUAUUGACAUUGAUAUUUACGGCAAUACUCUUGGGAAUGGCAUGUGUUAUCAUGCCAAUUAAUCAAGGUUAUAAACAUAACGAUCCAAUAGUGACAUCUGCGAUAAAGUUGCCUUCAAAUGAAGCACAUCAUUCCUACAUACCCCGUGAGCCUCUUACAACAUAUCAGUCCAAUUCAGUGUCAACUUCUGCUGCAAAUCAUUCUCAUAAGAACCGAGGAUACGAGAAUGUGGAACCUCAAACUACACUUAUACCAACUUUAUCCACAGAAUCUGUUGCGGUGACAUCUGAGCCUGAGCAAGUAUUUCCCUCUUCAAACUCUGCUGUUAUUUCAUCUGAGCCAACUCUGCCAACAAUAACUGUUGCAACUAAUUCUGAGCAAGCUUUGCCCUUGAAAUCUUCUGUAAUUACAUCUGAGCCAACUUUUCCUUCGAGAUCUGUUGAAGAUUAUCGUCAUAAACGGCGAGAAUCACGAUCUCGAUCACCGUCUCCAGAACAGCGACACCCUAAAGCAGCAGUAAAAUGGCACAAGAUUCGGCACUUGUGGUUAGACUCUGACUAAGGUGAGGUUGCAGCCUUGUGCUAAAGAUGUUCUGAUGUGUGUAUGUAUGUACAACAACUAGCUAUAUGUAGUCUUAACUCCAUGUGCAUGAUGUAUGUAUAGAUAUACCUUUACUUUUGAAGUGUCAAAAUACUGUCUCUGAUAAAAUUGUAUUGUGAUUCUGUGAAGGAACUUUGAAUGUCUGUUAUAGUGUUGUAUGACAAUAGUUGUUAAUCAUAAGAAUAAAACAAGGCCAGGAGUUGUUGCUGGUGUGUAAAACGAUCUUGUUUUGAAAUUAUAUCUGCUUCAUUCAGCGAA